CACCCACCCCCGCCUGGUCGGGUUUUGUGGUGUCGCCUGCCGCCACCUGGCCCUCGCCAUGCGGACCCCGCGAGCGUCCCCUUCCCGCCCGGUCCUGCUGCUCCUGCUGCUGCUACUAGGGGGCGCCCACAGCCUCUUCCCAGAGGAGCCGCCGCCGCUCAGUGUGGCCCCCAGGGAGUACCUGAGCCACUAUCCGGUGUUCGUGGGCGGUGGGCCUGGCCGGCUGACCUCUGCGGAGGACGUCGGAGACCUUAACAUCCAGCGGGUGCUGAGGGUCAACAGGACGCUGUUCAUCGGGGACAGGGACCACCUCUACCGGGUGGAGCUGGAGCCUCCCACGGCCACGGAGCUGCGGUACCAACGGAAGCUGACCUGGCGCUCCAACCCCGGCGACAUUGACGUGUGUCGCAUGAAAGGGAAACAGGAGGGCGAGUGUCGCAACUUCGUCAAGGUGCUGCUGCUCCGGGACCCGUCCACCCUCUUCGUGUGCGGCUCCAACGCCUUCAACCCCGUGUGCGCCAACUACAGCAUGGACACACUGCAGCCCAUUGGGGACAACAUCAGCGGCAUGGCCCGCUGCCCCUACGACCCGAAGCACGCCAACGUGGCCCUGUUCUCCGACAGGAUGCUGUUCACGGCCACCGUCACCGACUUCCUGGCCAUCGACGCCGUCAUCUACCGCAGCCUGGGGGACCGGCCCACGCUGCGCACCGUGAAGCACGACUCCAAGUGGUUCAAGGAGCCCUACUUUGUGCACGCGGUGGAGUGGGGCAGCCACGUGUACUUCUUCUUCCGGGAGAUCGCCAUGGAGUUCAACUACCUGGAGAAGGUGGUGGUGGCCCGCGUGGCCCGCGUGUGCAAGAACGACGUGGGAGGCUCGCCGCGCGUGCUGGAGAAGCAGUGGACGUCCUUCCUGAAGGCGCGGCUCAACUGCUCCGUGCCCGGCGACUCGCACUUCUACUUCAACGUGCUGCAGGCCGUCACGGGCGUGGUCAGCCUGGGCGGCCGGCCCGUCGUCCUGGCAGUCUUCUCCACGCCCACCAACAGCAUCCCCGGCUCGGCCGUCUGCGCCUUCGACAUGACACAGGUGGCCGCCGUGUUCGAGGGCCGCUUCCGCGAGCAGAAGUCGCCCGAGUCCAUCUGGACGCCGGUGCCCGAGGACCAGGUGCCGCGGCCCCGGCCCGGGUGCUGCGCGGCGCCCGGCUCCCUGUACAACGCGUCCAGCGCGCUGCCCGACGAGAUCCUGAGCUUCGUCAAGACCCACCCGCUCAUGGACGAGGCCGUGCCCUCGCUGGGCCGCGCGCCCUGGAUCGUGCGCACGCUGAUGCGGCACCAGCUGACGCGCGUGGCCGUGGACGUGGGCGCCGGCCCCUGGGGCAACCAGACCGUGGUGUUCCUGGGCUCCGAGGCCGGCACCGUCCUCAAGUUCCUGGUCCGGCCCAACGCCAGCGCCGCGGGACCUGCGGCGCCCAGCGUCUUCCUGGAGGAGUUUGAGACCUACCGGCCCGACAGGUGCGGACGAGCUGACACUGGCGAGAGCGGGCAGCGGCUGCUUAGCCUGGAGCUGGACGCGGCCUCGGGCGGCUUGCUCGCUGCCUUCCCCCGCUGCGUGGUCAGGGUGCCCGUGGCCCGGUGCCAGCAGCACUCGGGGUGCAUGAAGAACUGCAUCGGGAGCCAGGACCCCUACUGCGGCUGGGCGCCCGACGGCUCCUGCGUCUUCCUGAGCCCUGGCACCAGGGUCGCCUUUGAGCAGGAUGUGUCCGGGGCUAGCACGGCGGGCUUAGGGGACUGCACAGGACUGCUGCGCGCCAGCCUCUCGGAAGAGCGCGCCGGGCUGGUGUCGGUGAACCUGCUGGUGACGUCGUCCGUGGCGGCCUUCGUGGUGGGCGCCGUGGUGUCCGGCUUCAGCGUGGGCUGGUUCGUGGGCCUGCGCGAGCGGCGGGAGCUGGCGCGCCGCAAGGACAAGGAGGCCAUCCUGGCGCACGGGGGUGGCGAGGCCGUGCUGAGCGUGAGCCGGCUGGGCGAGCGCAGGGCGCCGGGGCCCGGGGCCCGGGGCGGCGGCGGCGGCGGCGGCGGGGCGCCCCCCGAGGCCCUGCUGGCGCCCCUCAUGCAGAACGGCUGGGCCAAGGCCACGCUGCUGCAGGGCGGCCCCCACGACCUGGACUCGGGGCUGCUGCCCACGCCCGAGCAGACGCCGCUGCCCCAGAAGCGCCUGCCCACGCCGCACCCGCACGCGCACCCGCACGCCCUCGGCGCCCGCGCCUGGGACCACGGCCACGCCCUGCUCUCCGCCUCCGCGUCCUCGUCGCUCCUGCUGCUGGCCCCCGCCCGGGCGCCCGAGCAGCCCCCCGCGCCCCCCGGCGAGCCGGCCCCCGACGGCCGCCUGGGCCCCGCCCGGCCGGGCCGCGCGUCCCACGGCGACUUCCCGCUCACGCCCCACGCCAGCCCGGACCGCCGGCGCGUGGUGUCAGCGCCCACGGGCCCCUUGGACCCAGCCUCGGCCGCCGACGGCCUCGCGCGGCCCUGGAGCCCGCCGCCCACGGGCAGCCUGCGGAGGCCGGGCGCGCACGGGCCGCCGGCCGCCGCCCUGCGCCGCACGCACACCUUCAACAGCGGCGAGGGGCGGCCCGGGGACCGGCCCCGCGGCCGCCACGUGCGGCCGAGCACGGACUUGGGCCACCUGCUCCCGUACGGGGCGGCGGACAGGACUGCGCCCCCCGUGCCCUAG